CUUUCUUAUAAUGACAGGCGUCGUAAGUAGCUGAGAAUCAACGUUUGAAGCCAAAAUAAAAAGAUGCUUACCCUUGCCGUUAACCGUUGCUUCUCGAUUACCUAUUCGUAUCCCCCCCGAAGAUCAUUCAAUUCACACUCUUGCACAUUACGUUUACCAGACCUUUUUGUCAUAUCUUAAUAUUAUUCUAAACGACAGUUUGAUACCAACUUUUUUUUUUUCUUCGGUUCAUCCUCAACUUCGCAACCAUCAACCUAUUUGGUAGACACACCCGAGAUAAUUCGUCGAAGGGACCUAAUAUUUAUUAUAUUAUGAUAGGUUCAUUUCAAUUUGAAGUUCUCACCUGGCUCAACGGACUCUCCUAGGUCCGGUUCCACAUCACUCCAUAUACCUUGUAUUCCUUAGCUCGGACUAGAAGACAUAUAAGUAGUCUCGUUCGCACAAACUUGCACUGCUACAGAUAAGUAAUCGGAUCCUGGAUCUUGGGAUCACCAGAGUUAUGGAGGUGAUGGAGAUCGUCGAUAACGAGCCGACUUCUCGGCCUUUCAAGUGUGAUUGGAAUUCGUGUUUCAAGAGUUUCAAUCGUAAAUCUGACCUUCAAAGGCACUAUCGCAUCCAUACAAAUGACCGGCAGUUCGACUGUACCUGGGAAAAAGGCGGAAAAGUUUGCGGCAAAAGCUUUAUACAACGAAGCGCCUUGAAGGUCCACAUCCGCACCCACACCGGCGAGAAGCCCCAUCACUGCCAGCACCUAGGCUGCGGCAAGAGCUUCUCGGAUUCUUCGAGUUUGGCUCGACAUCGCCGCAUCCAUACUGGCAAGCGACCUUACAAGUGCGCUCAUGACGGCUGCUUCAAGAGUUUCUGCCGGAAGACAACCAUGGUUAAACAUCAACGACGUUCCCACCAGAGGGGUGCAAAUGCUGAGACUAAUGACUUCUCCGAAUCGGAUGACGGCGGAAACCCACCUACUCCUGAAGAGCGAGGCUCGUGGUCGGCCAGCCAGGCACCAGGCGGACCACCGAAUGCUGAGCAGCAAGCUGCUCAAGGAAUGUCGCCUUUCGGUGACGUACAUCCGUACUUCAUGUCGCAAUAUGGCGGCCAACAUGGUAGAUUCCCCACUAUUAAUGGAUGGCAAAGCAAUUCGGUCCGGCAAAGCGACUCGGUCCAACCCAUGGAGUUGCCUGGCGCUUCAAUGUAUGGGAACCCGGCUGGCAUCCCCGAUUGUUAUCGCUAUGUGCCGGAGCAGGACAACCCUGGCAUUGCGACAUUGAAUACGGAUCCAAUGCAGCAGUGUCGAAUGCCUAAGCAACAAUCUGAGCAGCCAUCGUUGGAAAAUCCAUACGCUGUGCCUGAUAUGGUCAACCCAAUCCAAAAUAGUCAUGGCGGGUUUACUACUCCGGUUCCAGGUCCUAGCCCGUCAAGUCAAGGCGGCUACUACGGGCGUGUGCCCCCGCAUACGACGGCGUAUUCACUGGGUUCAACGCCUGCUGUGUAUCCGCCAAAGAUGCACUUUUUUCAGCAAGUGCCACAACCAGACCAUUCUUCAUCGCUGCAAAGUCAGGUUUCACCCAGACAACACCUUCAACCUCGGCCGUCCCCUAUGCAGCAGGUCCAGCCCCAAGCCGCGCCAAUACAGCAGGUCCAAUCCCCAGGGUAUGAUCAGUCGCCACCAAAACACGAAAACGAGUGGAUUUACCCAGCGGCCGAGCAACUACCAACGCCCUAUCAACCACCAGCCGUGGUUUCUCCCGUUUUUGACCUACGGACUUUCGGGCUCGGAGGUUUUCCAUGGGCCUUCAAGCCGGAUCUUGGCGACCCGUCAAUGCAAAUGCCUAGCGACAGAAUCAACGAAAUGUGAUCAGUCAAACUCGCCACCAUAUGUAAUCCAUAUAAUUCCAAUUCUCCUGACGAAUGCUUCGCGGAAGUUCUCGGCACAUAUUUUGGCCUAGUUAAUAUCCUUCAUAAUCCCGUUACGAGCCUCCGACCUGCUCUUGUACUAUUUAUUAUAUUUUCUCAUUUGUUGUCUCUGCAUUUUUUAAUGCCGGAU